CCGGCCCGGCCGUGGCUGAGCGGGAGAGCGGCGGCCCCGGCGGACGGAGCCCCGCGGGCACCAUGAGCGGUUCACAGAACAAUGACACUAAAAGACAGUUUCUUCUAGAACGGCUGCUGGAUGCAGUUAAACAGUGUCAAAUACGGUUUGGAGGAAGAAAAGAAAUUGCUUCAGACUCUGAUAGCAGAGUGACUUGUUUGUGUGCUCAGUUUGAAGCUGUGUUGCAGCACGGCCUGAGGAGGAGCCGAGGACUGGCAUUAACAGCAGCAGCAAUCAAGCAGGCAGCAGGUUUCUCCAGUAAAACUGAAACAGAGCCAGUGUUCUGGUACUAUGUGAAGGAGGUUCUGAACAGACACGAGCUGCAGCGCUUUUACUCUCUGAGGGCCAUCACCUCAGAUAUUGGCAGAGGCCGGGCCUGGCUGCGCUGUGCACUGAAUGAACAUUCCCUGGAAAGAUACGUUCAUAUGCUGCUGGCAGACAAGACUCGACUCAGUGUCUUCUAUGAAGACUGGUCUUUUAUGAUGGAUGAAGAACGUUCCAGUAUGAUCCCUACAAUGGCAGCUGGUCUGAACUCCAUCCUUUUUGCCAUCAACAUUGACAAUAAGGAUUUAAAUGGGCAGAGCAAGUGCACGCCCACCGUGUCUGAUUUGUUAAAGGAAUCCACACAAAAUGUGACUUCGUUGUUGAAGGAAUCGACGCAGGGUGUGAGCAGCCUCCUGCGGGAGAUCACUGCUUCCUCUGCUGUCUCCAUCCUCAUCAAACCUGACCCAGACACUGACCCCCUUCCUGUUCUGCCCCGCAGUGUAAAUGCUGAUUUGAGAUAUAAAAAAGAUCGAAAAAAGAAGAAGAGAGUGACCAAUAUUAUCUCAUUUGAUGAAGAGGAAGAUGAGCAAAAUUUGGGGGAUUCUACAAAGACUCUGAUUACAGGAGAAAGCUCAGAGGAGAGCGUAGACAGAUCCUCAGUCCUUGCAUUGUCCUCAUCUGAAAGCACUCUUGGAAAAAAUUUGAACGGGAAUGAAAGUAACAGUUCGUGGAAGAGCAAUUCAUUGCCUCGUUCCCUCAUGAAUGGAGAGUACGAGUACCAGAAACUGGAUGUGAAGAGCAUUGAUGAUGAAGAUGCAGAUGAGGAUGAGCUGUAUGGAAAAACAUUAGGAAAUAAAGGCACAGAAGGUGAAACUGAAGCUUCUGAAAAGACUCAUGAAAUAGGCACUUGCAACUCUCAGAUAUGCAGUUGGACUCCUCUGCAGGUCCUCAAUGAUGACUCAGAUGUGCUGUUCCCUGUCAGUGCUGUUGGCUCUUACUCCCAGACAGAUAACUUGGAGAAUGGAGAGGGGCAUGAACAUGUUGUUCAUCCAGUAGAACUGGUUCCCAGAAGAUCUGAUCUCCCUUACAGAGUGGAAGUCAGUCCUCCAGCACAAGUGAAUACUUUAAGCAGUAUGUUGCCUUCAGCCACUGUGCCAGAAUCCAUGACAAUUAAUGAACUUCGUCAAGCUAUCGUGGCCAUGAUGAAUAGGAAGGAUGAACUGGAAGAGCAGAACAGAUCCCUGCGAAAUCUGCUGGAUGCAGAGAUGGAGCUCUCAGCAGCACUGAGGCAGGAGAUGGACAACUGGAGAAGGAAAGUAGCAGAGCAGGAAGAGCGACACGCCACCAAAGUCCAGGCCUUGGCACGAGAAAAUGAGGUGCUAAAAGUGCAACUUAAGAAGUAUGUAGGAGCUGUGCAGAUGCUCAGACGAGAAGGUCAAACAGUGGAAGUUCUGCCAAACAUUUGGAGCACUGAUGGUGAAUUUACGAUUCCAGAGCAAAAGCAAGUAGAGAACAACGAGGAACUCGCCAGCUCUUAUGAAAGAAAAUUGAUUGAGGUGGCCGAAAUGCACGGGGAGCUGAUUGAAUUCAAUGAGAGGCUGCACCGUGCCCUGAUGGCUAAGGAAGCUCUCGUGUCCCAGAUGAGACAAGAACUAAUUGAUUUGAGAGGCCCAGUCCCUGGAGAUUUGAGUCAAACAUCCGAAGAUCAGAGUUUGUCAGAUUUUGAAAUAUCAAAUCGUGCUCUUAUUAAUGUUUGGAUUCCCUCAGUCUUUCUGCGUGGAAAAGCUGCUAAUGCAUUCCAUGUUUAUCAGGUUUAUAUCAGGAUAAAGGAUGAUGAAUGGAAUGUUUAUCGAAGAUAUGCAGAGUUCAGAAGCUUGCAUCAUAAAUUACAGAGUAAAUACCAGCAAGUGAGGACUUUUAACUUUCCACCUAAAAAGGCCAUUGGAAACAAGGAUGCAAAGUUUGUAGAAGAGCGACGCAAGCAGCUACAAAAUUACCUAAGGAACGUAAUGAACAAAAUUAUUCAAACUGUGCCAGAAUUCACAGCCAAUCCCAAAAAAGAGACACUUAUUCAGCUGAUGCCCUUUUUUGUUGAUAUUCCACCUUCUGGAGAGCCAGUGAGCAAAGGCAAUCGCUCGAGGGUGACCCCGCGCUUCCCCAAACUGUCCCGCAGCCACCAAAGGGAGCCCCGGAGCCUGGAACCCCAGAGUGGGGAUCUCUGACCCUUUUUCCUAGUUGUGAACACGGGCACCACGUACUUUAAGUUGUUCUGAGAUUCCUUCCUAGCCUAUAUUUAUAAUUUAAGCUCCUGAAGAGACUACAGCUGCAUCAACUUAAAUCCUAAAAAGAGACAUUCAUUGCCAAGGGUCAUAUCCUGAUUAACUACUUUGGAAGGCAGUAAUCACUUUCUCAAAAGAAUACGAGGGCUCUUCACCAGAGCUCAGCAAACUGAUGGCAUUUUCUUUGUUUUGUAAAGCUGCACUGCACAUAUUCUCCUUUGUUCCCCUGAAGUCCUUCUUUUACAAUGAAUUCCUUGUUUGUAUUAUGUUGUCUCCCUUUUAACAUGUACAUUUUUCUGUUCCAGAGAGACAUGGGUAUCAUGUCAAGACAAUUUUUUUUUUUCCUUAGGAGAACGGUUAUGAUUAUCACUACUUAAUAGGUCAGAAGGAUGUGCUUAAAAGAACCUCACUAAUUUAUUACCUUUUGUAAAUAGAAGGACUGGGUUGUUUUGGUUUUUUUUUUAUUGUAAACCUCUGACACGCAAAGGUUUUUUAAAAAACUUGACAAUGUAGAUGAUGAGAAAAACAUUACAGGUGGAAAAAUAGCUUUUGUACAUUUCUAGUUAGAUAUUGUCAAUAGCUUUCAUUUGUGGGAAGUAUUCUUUAAAAUCAGAAUGUAAUAAUUUUUUAGUAAAAUUUCAGUCCUGCUGGAAGGCAGGUGCAAUAUUAUUAAUUUUUACAAACCACUGCAAGGAUACACAAAAUUAGCAUGGUGCAAAAUAGCGCUUUCAAGUCUUGGGUUAUAUUUUGUUAUCAGUUUGUUGCUGAUGUUACAGAAUAGUCCAUCAUUAAUCUGAUUUUGUAAAACUCUUCCCAUAGUGAUACUUAAAAAUUGCCUGUAAUGAAAGUGCCUGUUACCCAUCACCUCUUAUUGAAAAGUAAUUUGUAAUGCUACUACUGUAAGAGUGACUAAAAUAUUGACAAGAAUUAUUACAAGUGAUGGAAGUCCUGACAUGGAUUAACUGGAAUCCAGUUCAGUAUCCAUUAGUUGCACUGCCGUAGGCAGUUAAUUAUGUUUUAGCUAUCUUCUUCUCUUCAUUAAGUUUAAGUAGUAUACGUUCAAAUUUUCCAUUAAUUGUGUUCUGGUUUUCCUUUGUGUAAGAAUAUCUUUCUUCUCCGAAGUUUUUUUGGAUAAUGUUACUUAAAUUGAUGUAUCUUGUCAUUUUAUUAUCCAUUCAUUAUAUUAAAUUCUCACGUCAGUAGAUACUAAAACCUUAUAUCAUUCUCCAGGAAAAAACCAAGCUGAUGAUUAAUAACAGGUUUUUUUACCUCACUGGUUUACUGAAGUUCUGGCAAACUGGAACUUGUGUUCUGCAAACCUGUGACCACUGUGUGUCGUUCAGGCAGGUGAGUGGUCCAGUCAUUUUUGGUGGCACUUCCUGAGUGAGUAGAGUUUGUUACACACAGUGAGGAGCAUCAGUGCCUGAGUAUGACCCCAAGUGCUGGAUUCCUACCACUGAAAUAUGUAGCUCUCAGAUUGCACUGAAUAGCAAACUGUGGCAGAGAGGAGUGGAAUUCACUCCUCAGGUUAGAAAUUUCCGUAGGUGAAAUACCACAAAGUAAAAUCAUGUCACAGAAAUGAAACAAGAUUUUUCAGUCAGUAAGAAUCCCAAAAUAGAUAAAUAACAAAGCCCAAAGGGCAGCCUGUGAACAAGUGGGUUUGUUUUCAUUAACAGAUGAAUUACUGUUGGUGUUUUGUGUAAGUUACAGUGGGACACUUAUUUGAGAAGAAGGCGAAGUGAGUAGUUUGUCAGUUAAGUAGCUUCUCCAAACUCUUUAGUCUGAUGCACUGCUGCUGGUUUAGUUUGUUGGAAAGAGAAGUAGCUGUAAUGAUGGUCCCACUUUGAAACAAUUCUAUUUUUCAGAAAGUGUAGACUUGGUUAAUAGAAACAUGGCAUACAUCUAUUAACACUGAAUUGCAAGUAAACCUGAAAGAAAACACUGUGUGGUAACCUUUGUGAUGUAUCUGUCACAUGGAGAUAUAUUAAUUUUCAGGAAGUAAUUCACAGAUUCAAAUACUUCUUAAUCAGAAAGCUGAAAAUGAUAAGAAAUCUCAUUUAGCACAGACUGAAUUUUUUUUUAAUUGUUUAAAAGGAAUUGUUUGUAUCUGCAUUUGGCUCUUAAAAUUAUUUCAUCCCUGAUUGUCUUGCUUCUUGUAAUUUUUAAUGUAUGUAUGUAGAUCACAUAAAAAUACUGAACUUGUUUACCAUGUACAAAUUGCUCUUUGUUAACUGUGGCUGAACUGGGUAUCAGCUCCCAAGAUUACAGUCUGCAAACAAUGUUCACUUGGUGAUACAAGAUACUGUAAUGGGGGCAUUACUAAUCCAUUUAAAAGCUCAGCUGUGGUUUCUCUAAAAUCCCAGAAAAUAAUCAAAUGAAAGCCUUUCUUCAUAAGGUAGCUUUCCCACUUCAUAGCCCUGGUUAUUUUGAAGAUCAGUGAGGUACCUGUACGAAUGCAAGUAGGUGCCUAGUGACAGGAAUGCCCAAAUUUUUAGCACCUCAGGACAUUCUGAUAUGCUCUUAAAGGGAAUCUGUUGCAAAUCCCACUUCUGAUAAUUCACCAGAAUCAGCAAAGUCUGUUAAGAAGGUUGACCAGCUGGGAUUAAGAAUGCCAAGGAGUUCUGUUAUUCUAAUAAAAUACCUGUAAGUGUAACAAUUAUUCCAUCACUUGAAUGAUUUGAUCAGUUUAUCCUGUGUCAACUUCCUUUGGCACUGGCUCAAAGCUCUGAAACCCCUGUAUGUGCUCAGUGAGUUGAUGGGUUCGAUCAUUUUUGUUGGUGCUGUAAUCCCAGGACAGAGUCCGGGCCCUGGAGCUGUUCCUGCCAGCCCUGGGCUGUGGCCUGGCACAAGGCAGUGGAGAGGAAUUUGUGGUAUCAUUUGCAUUUCAUUCCUGCUUCAUCUUUAGAUGUAUUGGGUCUCCAGGGCUUCUCAUCAGUGACUAUUGAAAAUAAACUGUAAAAAGCGGCACAACUUUUACUGUAAUGCUCUUGUCCAAUCACAUGGGAAAUGAACGUUUUCCUGAGAAACACAGAGCAGGCAAAGCUCUUCCAGCUUUUGCAGAUGUGUGUAUCAGUAUUCAUCACAGACUGAGUGUGGUUUUUCAGAGUCUCAUUUAUUUAGAGAUUCUGUCAUUCAUUAUAGCAUUGUGUCGACUUGGCUUUUGCAAAUUAAAUCAAAGUUCUCAAUAGUAAUAAUAAAUUUCCAACGUUUAUAUGAGGCAGGAUAUUGGCAUAGUUAUAAAGGCUUAAAUUGAUAUGUCCAUUAAGUCAUAUAUUCUUAGGAAGAUAAUAAUUUCAAAGCCAGUCUUUUUUAUGGAAUAUAUUGUUGGUGUGAUAGUUGUAAUCAAAUUAUAAUACCUUGCAGAAUUUACUGCAAGUCAUAAACCAUUGAGAUUGGAUUAAUACAAGUAUUUAGAGAAAGAACAUCAUGGUAAUAAAGAUUACUGGCUCAAAAUUGUGACCUAUUGCUAAGGUGCUUUUUAUUUUUUUUGUUACAAAGUCAUGUUUUAUUGUACAGAACAAUAUCUGCAUGGUAGCUGUCAAAUUAAUUAAUAAGAACCUACUAACAAAUGGGGUUGACUGACUCAGAGCAGCCAGCUAAUAAUAAAUGAGACUUGGUGAACCCCCAGUGAACUAAUGAUACUUCUGUCAGGAUGUAUUAAUGGGUUAAGAAUAUGAUCUUUUGUUACCAGAAUCAGUUAUUGGUGCUUUCACAUAUGGAUGUCAUUCCUUUUCCUCCAGGGAUCUCAGUGCUGCUCCAAGUUCCAUGCUGUUCCCAAGGUUCCACCCUGCUACUCCAAAACAUUUUUCAUCUAAUGCCUUGGAAUUCUGAGCACAGAUAAUAUAUACCUGUGGAUAGAAAUACAGUUACUUGCUUGAAAUUACAGUGAGAAACCUGUGGAAAAGUGUUUAAAAGAAAGAAAAAAAGUACUUCUUGACCAAAUUGUGCUGCUCUAUGCCCUUGCAAAUCUUGGGAACAGCACUGGGCUCUUCCAGCUGGAACUCUAGGAUAUAUGGAAAGAAACCUAUUUAACAUGAGAAUACAACUUUCUCCUUGGAAACAAUGAUAAUACUUCUGUAUUGGAUCUUGAGUCACUUCUAGAAAAGUGAUUUAACAGCUCAAGAAAGUGAAGAAUUUCUCUCCUUCACUCUCUAUGGGUAAGGGUGUUUGAGUCAGCACCCUGCUCCACCUGGGAUAUUCACUUGAUGAUGAUUUUGUCAUUUCAGUAGUUUCUUAGCCUUUUGUAUGCAAAGAAACACUUCACUGUAUGAAAUUAUCUAUAUGAAUUAUAGAAUAUGUUUAAAAAUACCAGUUAACCUGCUUCGUGUUUCACAUAUUGAAUGGAAGAUAAAACACUUGUUCUACACAGUGGUCUGACACUGUACAUUGAAUUUAUUUCUUAUUCUGCACUAAUUGUGCUUUUAUGGUCCAGUUAUAGAGAACUUAGAUUAUUUAUAAAAUUUCUUUAACAAAAAUAAUCAGAGCAUACUUCUAAACAAUAAUAAUGGCUUAGUUUUUGGUUCAUAAUGGCAUGAAUUUAUACUGGACAACAGCACUGAAAUGUUUAGAGAGGAAUGAAUGUUCCAGAUUUACAAAUUUCUGCAAACACCUGGACUUAAAAAAACCCAACGUUGUUUUUUAUUGCAUCAAAACAAGUUUAUUGCACUUCCACGUAGGGAAAUCAGUUCCUUUAACAAGAUUUCAGAAAUUAUUUCCAUGCCAUGACAGUGGUUAAACUGUGAUGAGUGGUUUUCUUAUUAAUCAUUUAAGACACUAAAAAUGAUCAAACUGUAAGUGUGGUUGAAAAUACAGUUCUGAAAGGCUGUGCUUUCUUUCUCACUUAACACUGAGAUAAAUAAGUGUCUUAUGUAUGGGACAAAACCUGUUGGCAACUGAAGAAGCUGGAUUUCCCUUUUUACUUGGGGAGGGAAUAUUUUUGUUCUUCCUGUUAAACUGUAGAAAAUAUAGUAUUAAUUCUUAAACAUAUAUAUGUACAGUAUUCACAUAAGUAUUAAUAAACUGUAAUAUUAUUUUAACUCGUUAUGCUAAUGUUUACAUUAUAGAAUUUUUAAGCAAAUGUGUAUAUAUAAAAUUUUCUAAAUACUUUCUUGGUUUUUUUUAUUAUUAUUAUUAAAUAUCCUGUGGUAAUUUUAUUGUAAUCUGGUUAAAAAUAUGCUACUUUACCAAGAAGAAAAUAAAAAAUAACA